AUGCAUCAGCCAUUUCCUAGGAAGGAUCGCCGGGAGCGCAAGGAUGGCAAGGAGGUAAUCCCCGGCGGGGGAGGAGGAGGAGCUGGUCCAAGCGUGAGGAACAGGUCGUCCACCCCCUCGAUCGCCACGGAGAGCAGCGAUUGGGGCGACAGCGAGUCCAGCCACUCGGACUCUAGCUUCAGCUCCACCUUAUCCUCGAGGUUCUCCAGCUACUCCAGCUCCACCAGCUCCACCAGCAGCAGCUCCUCGUCCAGCGAAAGCAAUGAGGAGCCGGAGGGCUCCACCAAGAAGCCCUCCUGCUGCCGCCAUCGGCACUAUCACCGCCAUCGGCGCCACCACCAUCCCUCGCGCCACUCGCACCGCCGACGUGGGCGUGGCAGCCGCCACCAUCGCUGCGCACACGGCCGCUCCACGAAGCGCUCCUCCAAGAAGGGGCGUCGCGGCGUAGCCUCCCCCACCGCCAAGGCGCCACUUGUGAUCAAGGAGAAGUCCCCAGCCGCGCAGGCCAUCCUGAUACCGGAUCCCAUUCCCCUGCCCGUGCCGGCUCCCAUUCCGGCCGUCCUCGCCACGCAUCCACAUCCGCAACCGCAUCCGCAGCCUGUGCCGGCUCCCGCUCUAGCACCUGCUCCUGUUCCUGCUCCUGCUCCUGGUCAUGCUCAUGCUCCGGUGGCCAAGCCAGCUCCCCAAGCGGUGCCCAUGGAGCAUCAUCACCGCAAGACGCGCGUGCGCAGCUCCGGUUCCGGCUUGCAGAACUUCAUCCCAGCCACCAGCAGCCACAGCCAGACCGUCUUCCAGGCGAAGACCAUCACCGUCACCGUCACCAAGAGCACCGCCACUCCCACUGCCGCUCCAACCGCCAUAACCAUGCCCAAUGAUGGCCAGUCGAUGGGCUGUUCCUCGGAAGGCAAAAUCAAGGUCGGCGGUGCCCGAUCCUCCAGCACGAAGAUACGCCUUGCCAAUGCCAUGGCCAGCAAGUCCGCCAACCAGGUCAAUACCCCGGAGGCCAGCUCGUCUUCAAAAGCUCUGGCAAAGCCUGUUAAUCCCAGUUCGAGGCACUUCAAUGUCAAACCCCGCACCCUCAGCAAGAAUCCGGAGACCAGCAAGAUUGGGACUUCCAACAAUGAGCGACCGCGUCGUGGACCUUCCACGCCAAAGCGUCAGUGGGAUGAUGAGCGAAGUGAUGGCUGCAACCAAGUGGCCUACCGCAAUGGCAAGCCCACCUUCAGAUUCCGCCAGCCCGCCCGCAUUGUGCGCCUCCACAUCAAAGGACUCACCCGCCAGGUGACCAAGGAGCACAUCACCGAGAUCUUCGGCCACUUUGGCGCCCUCACCGCCGUCGACUUUCCCAUGGACCGCUACCAGGUGCGCCUGGGGCGUGGCUACGCCUUUGUGGAGUACGUCCGUCCCGAGGACUGCGCCAGCGCCAUCAAGCACAUGAACGGCGGCCUGAUCGACGGCAAGCGGAUCACGGUGUCCGCCUUCCAGGAGAGCAUGCUGAAGGCUCCGUGGCGCGACUACCGCCGCUACUCGCCGGUGAAUCGCCGCAACUCGCCGUCCCGCUAUCAUUACCAACGCCACGCGUCCCGUUCGCCUUAG